CCCGGACAUUCAGUUAUUUCGCCAGCUUCCGGAGUUCGGUCAUCAUCAGAGUUAAUUGAAUUGGUUUAGGGAAAAAGGGGUGCAGUUAGUAAGAGUUAGUUGGUGGUUUGUGAGCAAUCUGGAUCUGCAUUUGCAUAGGAUGGAUAAGAUUUGUCGCAGUCAGCUGCCGGAUUCAUCGUCAUCUCCCCCACUGAGUGGAAUGAAUUUCCACAACUUUGACGAGGAUCUCAUGUCGGAUCUGCCGUCGUGUGUCUACGCCAACCACCAGCUGGGCGCGGUGGCGACGGCAACCAGUGGCAAUUCCGGGGCGAAUCUGCGGUUGAACACCAACAGCCUGCGGCAGAUUCAGCACCAGUAUUUGCAUCACACCGACUGUCUGGACUCGCCCAACUCGGUCAGCCCGUCGAUGUCCACGUCCAUCGGCAGCCAUCCGUACAACACGGCCCCGUACAAAAUCCAACGUCAGCCGACGUCCAACGUCCGAGAGCGCAAACGCGUCCUGCGAUCCGCACCAAAUGGAAAAAACUCUGCCAGGGAUUCACUUAGCAGCAUAAACUCAGCGUUUGAUGAACUGCGCGUCCACGUGCCCACUUUCCCGUACGAAAAGCGCCUCUCAAAAAUCGACACCCUGCGGCUGGCCAUCGCAUACAUUGCCCUGCUCCGGGAGGUCCUGGAAGCGGAUUACGACCCGCUGACCUAUGUCGAAAAGUGUCUCCGGGGUGAGAUCAAAGCAGAUCGUGCCCACUGGAAUACGAGUGAUUUAACCGCCCGGCUGUCCUGGAUCAACUGGGAAAAUCUGGGCGUCCAUCCGGGCCGACGCACGAUUCUGACCUCGCUGGCGCUGGGUUCCUCCUCGGAGAGCAUGGGCUGUGGCCCGCCGCCACACCUCAUUUGAACGGAACCGUUCGAAAGUUGUCCAGCGCCCGGCUGGACCUUUCCGCCAUAUUGAAGAAUAAGAAGAAGCAGAAGAAUAAGCAGUCGCUAAGAGCAAGAUCAGCCAGUUUUAGAUCAGUCAGGAGUUUUGCUCCACUAGAGUGAAUUUUUCUAGUCAUUGUGAGGUUAUUAUAGUGUAGAUUUAAGAUCAUUUGCAUGUGAUAUAUUAUUGCAAGCAUUUGUUUUAUUUUAUUUAUUAUUAUUCGGGUAUCUUUUGUUAUUUUUUUAUAAUAAAAAAA